CUUAGCAUAACAUUAUAACGAGCAGCACCGGCAUCAAUCGUUUGUUUAUUUUUUACCGUUCCUUUUCUCCAUACCUUUGGUUGCGCCACACCCAGCAAACACCUAAACCUUCGCUGUCGAUAUUAUAAUUUAACAAUGUCCUGCCAAUCUUCGUGCGUAGCUGCGUACACGAUAGCUUGUGUGAUCUUUGUCUUCCUUGCGGAAAUAACAGCCCGACCUGCUCUUACCGCUGGGAGUGACCGUUACACCUCGAAGGGUAGCUAUCGCGACGAAACGUACAAUCCAUAUCGACCAAGAUAUUAUGACGGAUAUGAGUCGUACAGAGGAUACCGCGACAGCUACUACACGAAGGAUGGGUCCAGUUCGAAAUACACAGAAUGCUACGAGUUAGUGUGUCGACAACCGCAACCCAGCCCAGCGACACCGGCUCCCGCGCCGGCCCCGGCACCAGCGCCGGCGCCAUCCUUUCCCAAAGACAUUAAAGCCAAUUCACUUGAAGUGAAGAAAAUCCGAAUCGGACGCUGGGUGAUUCAGGAGGAGGAAUCAGACGGAUUUAAUUACCUCGUGUUCCGCGACAGCGAAGGUUCGGACGAUCGCCUGUCCCUGAAAGAGGGCCUGGGCAACACUGCCACCUUUGACUCCGCCGGGCGGCUGGUCCUUACGGAGCUGCUGAUAGAGAAUGGGUGGCUGUUACACCAGGAAGUCCCACCCGAUGGGGAAUACUUUGUCAUUCGGGAUAUAGUUACCUCCCCGAAUCCAGACAGUCGGUGGGCAUAUAAGCGAGGCACCUACAAAGAUGCCUAAAGAUGUACCGGUUAAAUACAAAUACUUUGUAAACUGUUUCCGGUUGAGCAGUAUGCAAUCCAUUUAAUACUUAAUUAUACUGUUGUCAUGUACUGGUACACGUAUACUGGCGAGUUACCAGGCAAUUAACUUUUGUUUCCAAAUUCCGACCACCAUAAGUCGAAAGUUCUUCGAUACAUGUACGUGUGACAAUGUGUGUAAAUGUGAAA